AAGAUGGAGCCGGUGUCGGGCGCCGCCGAAGUGCUGGGGGGAGCCUCGGAGCUGCUGAAAGAUCGCCUGUAUUUUGCCACCUUGCGAAACAAGCCCAAAAACACGGUGAACACGCACUACUUCUGCACGGACGAGGAGCUAGUCUACGAGAAUUUCUAUGGAGAUUUUGGACCUCUGAAUUUGGCAAUGUUAUACAGAUACUGCUGUAAGCUAAAUAAGAAAUUAAAGUCUUUCAGUCUGUCAAGAAAGAAAAUAGUUUACUACACCAGUUUUGACCAGCGGAAACGAGCAAAUGCAGCGUUCCUAAUAGGGGCAUAUGCUGUAAUAUACUUGAAGAAAACACCAGAAGAAGCUUACAGGAUACUCGUAUCUGGAUCUAAUCCACCAUAUCUUCCAUUUAGGGAUGCUUCAUUCGGGAACUGCACAUACAAUCUCACGAUCUUGGACUGUUUACAGGGAAUAAAUAAGGCCUUGCAGCAUGGAUUUUUUGACUUUAAGACAUUUGAUGUGGAUGAGUAUGAACACUAUGAGCGAGUAGAAAAUGGUGACUUCAACUGGAUUAUUCCAGCAAAAUUUUUAGCAUUUAGUGGACCACACCCAAAAAGCAAAAUUGAAAAUGGCUAUCCUCUUCAUGCACCUGAAGCCUACUUUCCCUAUUUCAAGAAACAUAAUAUCACAUCAAUCAUAAGACUAAACAAAAAAAUCUAUGAGGCAAAGCGCUUUAUUGAUGCAGGUUUUGAGCAUUUUGACCUAUUCUUCAUAGAUGGAAGCACUCCAAGCGACAGUAUAGUUCAGAGGUUCUUGAACAUCUGCGAGAAUGCUGAGGGUGCUAUUGCUGUCCAUUGUAAAGCUGGCCUGGGGAGAACGGGAACACUCAUCGCCUGCUACAUAAUGAAGCACUACAGGUUCACGCAUGCUGAAGCCAUUGCUUGGAUAAGAAUAUGCCGACCAGGCUCUAUUAUAGGUCCCCAGCAACACUUCUUGGAAGAGAAGCAAGCGAUGUUGUGGCUGCAGGGAGACCUCAUCCGAUCGAAACAGAAACAAUGCGUAGCUGAUGAUGGAAAUGUGAGCAGGGUUCUCUCUGGUUUGGAUGACAUUUCAAUCAGUGGCAGCUUUAAUAAAUUACAGGAAUUGGAUCAAUAUGGGGAGAAUGAUUCUGUAGACCAAGCAGAUAUGGAAGCAAAGAAUGGCAUGACACAGGGAGAUAAACUUCGUGCCUUAAAAAGUCGGAGACAGCCACGUUCUGCGACAACUGGAGCUCUCAGGCUGGAAGAAAUGAAACUGCACACCAGGUCAAUAUCGCAGCCUCUCAGACUGAAUACUUCAGGUAGUACAGAAGGAUCCAUGUCUCCYCUGAAGGCUUCCAGAGUGAUGGCAGCUAUUUCACCUUCUGCAAAAAGAAUUAACCGAUCCUCCACACCCUCAGCCUCAAAUCUUAAAAGCGUUUCCAUAAACUCCAGACUAGCCAGUUCUCUAGGGAACCUGUGUGCUGCUUCAGAUGAUGAUGAGAGCAAACUGACAUCAUCGUCCUCUAGGACAGGUUUUUCUGUAAGCCAAAUCUCCAGCCACUUGAAUGGCAGCUUGCAGCUGCCUCUCAGAAAUAACCAUGAACUGAACAACAACUUGUACAACAGAAGCAGCAGUAGUGGCAACAACCUGGGCAGCCAAACCAGUCCUCACAGCGCCGUGGCAGAUGAGUACAGCAGCUACCAACCCUUUGUGGGGCUUGCAACUCCUCCAGCACGAUACCUGAGUCGAUCAAUUCCUUCCCUUCAGUCUGAAUAUGUUCAGUACUAAAGCCUUGCUGCUUCGGUGAAACCUCUUGAGCCCUUAACCUAAGUCCAUCGUGAAGGAGAAGAGAUAAAGGAAAAGUUGCUUGAGUCGUCUUUGAUCCAAGAUAUAUUAAAAUCUUCAACACCAAGACAAAACUUCUUAACAGCCAGAAAUUUCUGGUUACUGACUACUACAGAUGCACUGAAGUUGAAUUUAUGGAGAUUACUAGCCU